AUGUCGGCUCCCUCUCGCCGUGGCGAUGCGGUCGUCGACGAAGUCUCUCGACGAAGCAAACCGUUGAAACAAGAACCAUCGAGCUCGGAAACGGACAGAACGCUCGCGUGUCCGAGCGACGACGAGCAUCGACCGUGGGGGACGCCCACGAAGGAGGCGGUGGAGAGAUUCGCGGAGGAGCUCGAGGUGGUGCUAGAGGAGAAGCGAAGGGCGGAGGAAAACGAGGCGAAAGCUCUUUGUCAAAGGCAAGAAGCGACACUCGCGUACGAGCGACAGAGAGCGCGAGCGUUGCAGAGCGCGAAGGAAGUGCACUUUGCACAAGGCGAGAUUGUUCGGUUAACGAAGAAGAUCAACGAGUUACAUACAGUGAUUAGGGGUCUGCGAGAGGAGUCUGCGAGUGUUCGCGAAAAGUUGAAGAAGGCUGAGCGACGCUUUGAGGAAGAACGAGGAAACGUCGAGGAGGCUCGGCGGAUGAUAUCGGAGCAGCGAAAGGAUUUACAAAGUGAGCGUCAAGCGCUCAAGUACAAAGACGCAGAGAUUUCUCGCCUGCAAUCUGCACUUCAAAAAUUGAGCAUGUCUGGGUACGGGAAGAGCGAAAACGUCAAAGAGGAGCAACACGCCAAGCGAAUCGUAGAGUUAGAGAAGAAAAUAGUACAGCUCGAUGUGACGCUUUCGAGACAGCCAACUACUCCGGCGCGAUCGAGCGAUCGUGAACUAGAGCUCAUCGUUCAAGAGCUCGCUCGUGAAGAGUUGAAAUCUCGCACACACGCGGAAGCUGCCGAGAAGCUUGCGUUUGAUUUACGCACGCAGCUUGAUGCAAAAACGGCAGAAGUCAUCAAUUUACGUUCUCACUUCGAGCUUCUGGAGAAGCAGACGCCAAUGUCGCGAGGUCGUCAAACUUACACGAGUCGAAGCGGUACAUCGAUUGAGGAGCUGGACUGCAAUCUUCAGCAAAGCUGCGAAUGGGCCGAGUUACUUUGCGAACGCCUUUCGACGGCGAUGUCUUCGGGAGAGUUCUCUGCUCGCGCGACUCCACCUUCUCGACGGACGACGGGAACGCCCAUGAGCGCGGUGAGCGAUAAUUCUGAGGAGCGAAUUCGUGAGCUGCAAACAGCGCUCAAUGAGCAGAACUCGAGACGCGAUUCCGCGGAAAAGCUUGCGGCGAAAGCAUCAGGUGAGGUCUCGGCGCUUCGACAAGCGCUGGUGACCGCAGAACGUAUAGCAUCUGCCGCAGCGGCGAUGGCCCACACAAAAGGCAUCACAGGAGCAUACGUCGCAGGUACCUCACCGGCUUCGGAUUUGAUGACUCCCACUGCAAGUAGGCUGCCUUCUUUCGGGUACACAACGGUGACCACGGCUGCGACGAGUGGUGAUCCCACAGAUCUCAUACACGAGCUAGAAAAGGCGCGUCAUACCGCUGUCAAAGAGCGAAAACAAAGGGAGGAUGCAGAGGAGACCAUUCGACGUUGGUCGAAAUUAGAGGAUAGUUUCACACCUAGCCAUUAA